UUCUCUCUCAGUGCAUGGACUUCAUCCUAGGUAGUGCACCAUUAGAACAGCUGCGUUCCAGUUUCUCCGUGCCUCUCUCUCCCUGCGUUCACUUCCUUACUUUCACCCCUCCCUCUCGUGCUCUCUCCUCCUCUACAUCCUCAAUCUCUCAGCAGCAGCAGUUUGUGUCCUGAGAGAACUGGCACCAAACUGACGCAUCCAUGGGGCGAGCGCAGCAUCUUUAUUUCACCACAUUACAAUUUGAAGUCAUAUAGAGGGAACAUUCACGUGAACGCAGCAAACACACUAGAGUCGUUCGGCGUUUCAUCUUCCGGCUUAAAACUCUCAGUCGCACCAUAUCUGUCUGUAUUUGUGACAUUUGUAGCUGUGCUGAGCUGUGGUGAUGGAUGGGGAUGCGUGUGUUCGCGUGUGGACUCGACCGCUGCAAGUGAUGCUCCAGCAGAAGAAGAUCAAAGCGCGGAGGAAAAAGCGCAAGGAGUUGUUCGGAGGACAGAUGUGCUUCGUGGGGCUGCUGCUGCUGGCGGUGUCCGGCUUGUCCAGUUUGGCCGAGAAUUCCGGUUAUGGCAUCUCCAGUUUCUCAGCUGAAGAUAGCGAGAGGUGGGAGAGUCGCAGGCUGCUGCAGGACUUUGACAUUGACAGCAACUACACUGAUGAGGUGCAGGUUGGGCCCAAUGCUGAAAAGAACUGCACACCACCUGGUAUACAUGAGUUCCCUGAUGAUAUCUUCACCAACCAGGAGCGAAUGGAGGGCGCCGUAGCCUUGCAUGUUCUGUGUGCCAUGUAUAUGUUUUACGCACUGGCACUGGUGUGUGAUGACUACUUUGUCCCCUCUCUGGAGAAGAUCUGUGAGCGCCUCCAUCUCAGUGAAGAUGUAGCAGGAGCCACAUUCAUGGCAGCAGGAAGUUCAGCUCCUGAACUCUUCACCUCAGUCAUAGGUGUAUUUAUCACCAAAGGAGAUGUGGGAGUGGGCACAAUCGUGGGUUCUGCUGUCUUCAAUAUCCUCUGCAUCAUCGGAGUGUGUGGGAUCUUCACUGCACAGGCAGUACGGCUCUCGUGUUGGACGUUAAUGAGAGACUCGGUGUACUACACUAUCUCAGUGACUACUCUGAUCGUGUUCAUCUAUGAUGAGAAGGUGACAUGGUGGGAAUCGCUCAUCCUAAUAGUGCUGUACAUAUUUUACAUUUUAUUAAUGAAAUUUAACUCACGGGUGGUUCAUUACAUCGAGCGGCGGAAAAAGAACUCUGCGAAUCUGGGUAACGGCACAGCCAGUAACACAGACAUCGACGAUGGGUGCGAUGCCACAGUUGUGCUGCUUAAGAAAGCAAAUUUCCACAGGAAGCCAUCAGUGCUGAUGGUGGAUGAACUCUUGUCUGCGUACCCUCAUCAGCUGUCGUUCUCUGAGGCCGGAAUGAGAAUCAUGAUCACCAGCCACUUCUCCCCUCGCACACGCCUCACGAUGGCCUCCAGAAUGCUUAUUACAGAGAGGCAGCGUCUGAUAAACAGCCGUUUCAGUAACGGGGACUCAGAGGUGACCGUAAAGAUCCCAGGAAAGCGUGGGGUGGAAAAUGGGCUGGCAGGACCGGACCGAGGCCUGAACGGGCGAAAGGGAGGUCACCACGAUGACGACAGGGGGGGAGCUGAAGCCGGCACUGACACAGAAAACGAAAACGAGGACAAUGAGAACAAUGAGAACGAUGAAGAGGAAGAGGAAGAAGAUGACAACGAAGGACCCUAUGUACCAUACCGCUGCCCCGGUGGGGGUUUAAAUAAGCUAAAGUGGCUGCUGGCCUGGCCACUGAGUCUGCUGCUGUUCUUCACGGUGCCCAACUGUGCCACGCCUCGCUGGGAGCGCUGGUAUAUGGUCUCGUUCAUCUCCUCCACCCUCUGGAUUGCUUUCUUCUCUUACAUCAUGGUUUGGAUGGUCACAGUGAUUGGUUACACUAUGGGCAUCCCUGAUGUCAUCAUGGGCAUCACUUUUUUGGCUGCUGGCACCAGUGUUCCUGACUGUUUGGCCAGUUUAAUUGUCGCACGUCAAGGAAUGGGUGACAUGGCAGUGUCUAACUCUAUUGGUAGUAAUGUGUUUGAUAUCCUGAUUGGGCUUGGUCUGCCAUGGGCCCUCCAGACUUUGGCCAUCGACUAUGGCUCCACAAUUCACUUAAACAGUAAAGGCCUGAUUUUCUCAGUUGGGCUGCUGCUGGCAUCUGUGUUUCUCACGGUUCUCGGUGUACAUUUGAACAAGUGGAAGCUGGACAAGCGUUUGGGUUUCGUUUGUUUGCUGAUGUACGCUGUCUUCCUGUGUUUCUCCAUCCUCAUCGAGUUCAACAUAUUUACCUUCGUCAAUCUGCCCACCUGCCGCGAGGAAUGAGACGGUUCCUUUUCCCGGCCCUGGCCCUCCCUCCUUGACCUUGUGAGGACAAUGGCACAAGUCCUCGCUCACAGGCAGACCGGCUCUCGUUCUGAAGGGAUAUUUAUUUAUUGAUCUAGCUGAUCCUCUAUCGAUCCUCUCUUUUUCUUUCCAAUGGGUGCAAUAUUGACAGAGUCUCUGGAUCUGUGGUGUUAUAAGAGGAGAGAGAGGAUGUGUGUGUGAAGAACGGUCCUGUUGACUGAUAUAAAGACUGUUCUAACGGGACAAAAACGUGGUAAAUGAUGACUACUGCCUGGUUUGAUGUGAAUACUUUUUUUUUCCAAAAUAUUUUGCAUAUUACAUAUUUAAAGAAUAUGAUGUAAAUGUAUUUGUUUUAUUAGCUGCUAUAUGACUGAAGAAGUGGCUGGACUCAUUAAUAUCGGUGAAACUAUAGAUUUAUGAGGGUUCGUUAUUUUACUGAAAGGUACUGGUGACCUCUAGGAAAUACUUGUAUACAGUCCUCCUUUUAAUUUGGGCAUUACCAAGUCACCUUCAUAUUACAAGACUGAUCUGGACGUCAGGGUCAUUAGUGUCUACAUUUUUCCGACGAGAAUAUGUUUACGGUGCAGAGGAGGUAAUAAAACUGAAAGGUCAGAUCAAAGUUGUCGCAUUUAGAAAAACAGCGGGCAUUUGUUUGCACCUGUGUGGAAACAUGUUGGAACGCUACAACCAACAUAUUUAUGUUUAGUGAGAAGAUAUUCUUGUGUGAUAUAUGGGGUUUCUAUAGAUGUGUUUAUGAAAUUUCUUUUGUCUUUAACACUCUGUAUAUACUGAAACAGAGAAAGGUUUAUUUAUUAAUUUAUUGAGAACUAUUUAUGCACAUUACUUUCCUACGACGUACUGAAACAAAACCAACCCACAGCUGUCCCAAAGAAGAGACCGUUCUGGAGUUUCAGCCAGGCUACGCCGUUUUGUCCUUCAGAGCUUGUGUGUCAGCCUUUUCUACUGGAUUCCUUCUCCUUCAUCUCUGAAUAUUAUGCACCCUUUUAGAUGCACCUUUGACUUAAUGCGUAAAACAGUUUCUACUAUUUGAUAUCGGUGUGACGUGACGUCAGAGGCAAUUGUAGAGAUUUUUUGAACACUCAAAACUUUGGCAGGCAAGUAAGGGAAAAUAUAUAAAUAUAUAUAUUUUAUACUUAACCGUUUUGACAUUUAAGAUGGAUCCGUUCCCAUUUUAGAGCGAAUGGAGUGAGCGAGGCACAAACCUAAGAAGCUGAUUAGCAGGAGCGUGUCCUGGUAAAAUGAAGCUAACGUCUAUUUAACGUUGAUAAGACUGUUUCAACGUCAAACCGUAGAUGUAAAUCAAUGAGAUUUCACUCUAGAAGAGGUCAAGUCAUUUUUUCUCUUAGCAUGCCACUCUAAUCUUAGAGUUUAUCCGGGAAUUUCCUUUGAAGAAAUCCUCUCUCAGCAGAACAAGGAUCAGAAUUCAUUUCCAAGGAUGCAGUUAAUAAUACGGAUUUUAUCCUGAUGUGUCCGGGGCUCAUUUCUCGCCCUUCUUUUAGAAGGACUAUUUAAAUACUUUGUUUUGUACGCCUCUGGUUCUGGGGAUUUGAAAAAGACACCGCCAUAAUGCAUCACAGCUGUAAGCUUUUAACUGUGGCACAAUGUGUGGAUGCGUGGACUUUUUCUCCUAACGGAGGUUUUUUAGUGAGCUGACAAAGUAGCGAUUCUUUGGACUGUUUUAGUCUAGAUAGCAACUUCAUGCAGGUUUUCUAGUCUGACGGCACAUUACAGGGAAAUUUUUGUGUUUUAUGCACUGGGUGUCUAACUGUUUGUCAUAUUUUAAGAAUAGAAUUUAGGUGACUUAGAAACAUAUCUGGAAGAGUAUUGCAGCAAAGUAUUUUUUAUCACAAAACUUGUAUUUUGUAACGCGAAACGUUUAGAGAUUCUGUAGAGUGUGCUUCAAGUGAAUCUGCAUAUUUAUCCUUUAGAUCAUAAAACUAAUUUGUCAGCUUACUGUCAGAGCAUGUUUAAAAUCAAAGGUCACACUUUGUAGGGCAUUCUUUUCAAUGAUGUAAAAAAAGAAAGAAUAUAUUAGCAAAUAUGAACACAAUAUUUCGUUUUCUGUAUCAGUCAUAGUAGACAUCGAGGCCUAGGUUACUUUCCAAAAAUGCAACAGCAGGUCUAGGGUUUAAGCAAUGUGAUAUUCCUGAUAAAUAUAAGCUAGGUGUAAUCCAAGUAGGGCGUACAAGCUGUGUUUGGAUGCUGAAGAUUGUUAGUCUAUUCUUUUUUUCUUUGCAAAGCAGGGUAUUAUCAGAAAGAUGUCGGGAAGGCAGGGUUUAUUGAAAGUUUUGUUCAUGAAAUGCAAUAAUGUUUAGAUUAAUUACUGUGUUUGUAUUUUUCUUGUAAAUCCUAAACAUGACA